ACACUUGCUGUGGGACCGCCAGUCUCGUCUCCCUCCAAAUGGACCCCAACUGUUCCUGCGCCACUGGUGGCUCCUGUAGCUGCUCUGACUCCUGCAAGUGCAAAGACUGCAGAUGCAAGUCCUGCAAAAAGAGCUGCUGCUCCUGCUGCCAUGUGGGCUGUGCCAAGUGUGCCCAGGGCUGCAUCUGCAAAGGGGCAUCGGACCAGUGCAGCUGCUGCGCCUGAUGGGAGAGCCGAUGUGAAUAGACUGGCCUGUCCAAAGCCAGAGAUUCU